UACGAUAUCCCCUACCCGACGUUCGUCCUGUACGCGAAUCGAGUGCACAACAUGCUGGGUCCUAGCGCCGACGGCGGGGCCGGUGAGUAUCUGCGCCCGAAGGGACGAGGAAGACCGCAGAGGAUCUUGCUGGGCGUCUGGCCGGACGAGCACAUCCGCGGUGUGAUUCGCGCGGUGGUAUUCCGCGACGGGCACUCGCCCCACAUCGUCAAGGAGGAGCCGACCACGAUGUACCCCAGCCUGGCGAACUACGCGGCCUGCAACGGCCCGGAAGGCGCGGUCAGUCCGGGUGCGGCAGCAGCGGCUGCGGUCGCGGCGGUCGCUCAAGGUCUGCGACACCAGAUGUGCAGCAUGGUGGCAGCGGCGCACUCGCAGCAGCACGACAUGAUGGCGACGAACCUGUCGACGAACCUGUCCACCAGUCUGUCGUCGAAUCUGCAGGCGGCGAUGCAGGCCAGUCAGCACCACAACAACAACAACACGAGCAGCAACGCGAGCGGCAUCCUCGGUAGCGGUAACAGCGCCGGCAACAACAACGGCAAUUCCCCGUUGAAUCUCGGCCUGGCGAGUCCGGGCUCGGGCGGACCGCCCGAGAGCCCGUUGGAGAGUCCGUUGGCGAGCCCGCUGGGUCCGUUGAUGGACCCGUCGGGCCACAUACCCAGCAGCGUGGAGGUCGGCAUCGGCGUGAGCGGCAUGACGUACAAGCCGGCACGAAGCUUCGUCAGUCCGCGUCCGGAGAAUCUCUUCCAGGAGGACAUCGCCGAUCUGGUGAAGAGCCCCCACGGUCUCAAGGACAAGGACAAGAUCCCGGUGAAGCUCGAGCCGCUCACGGACUCGCGCUGCGAAUAGUAAGCCAUCUCGGUGGCCGCGGAACGAGGAGGAGAGACGACGACGACGUCAGCCGCUGCAGGAUCGCCGGCCGUGGAAGGACGAGGAGGCGCAUCGAUGACCCCGAGGAGGAUCUCUCUCUCUUCGAGGCCGUCAGCGGCUGAGGACCGGUGAUAUGCGGAGGACCGGUAGGCUUCUCGCGAAGAAUCGACCUCUUGUCCGAUUCGACUUCACCUCCUCGCGGGAGUUUAUAGUAUAUAUAACGCAUACGCGACUCCGAACGUUAUACGCGAGCGCGAUGUACUGUGCAUACGAAUAUCUUAGAGGGAUGUUAGAGAGAAAGAGAGGCUUACAAUCAAAAGAAAAAAAAAUAAACUAACGGAGACACAGAGUGCGGACGAGAUAAGCGAGUGUCGAGAUAUUCUCGCCUGGCUCACAGCUUCGGGAAAGGACGAUCGAAAAACCGGUAGUGGCCCCCGUCCUAGACGAGGAUCGCGCACGGUCGAUCCUUCGACAGUGGGAAAGUAGAAACGGAGGGAAAGAAAGAGAGAGAGAAAGAGAAAGAGAGCGAGAGAGAGUAAAACCUUCUUUUAGCAAACAUACUAUAGCUAUUGGGUCGCCGGCGCCUCGCGAGCGCGCCGCCACCUUUUUCCAAUCUAGAUAGUCGUGUCAUCGUCGUGUCGUACAGACUAUGUACAUGUAAUAAAGGUAAAACCCACACACGCCACACACGCGCACACGUAUGGACAUACAUACACUUUCACACACACAUACACAAACAGACACACGAGCGCGCCGUACAUACACAAGAUACACACUCGAAAUUUAUACCUACGCAUUAUACGAUAAUUGUACUUUUAAUGCCAAAUGUAUAAUAACUCGUAAGGGGUCGCCUACUGCCGAAUGAUUGAUUAUUCGAGACGGGUAUCGACGAGAAAGUAAGAAACCGCCUCGAAGAGAGCUGCACGUUGUACUAUCGAGUCCUUACACAACGUGUCAUGGAUCAGUUUGUGAUAUACCCUAAUUUUUAGGUGUCGCAAAAGAUUUGCUUGGAAUUAUUUUAAGACUAUAAAAGUAAGGUUUAUUAGCGGUAUAUACAUAUAUAUAAUAUGAAAGUAAUAAAUUACAGAGAUCGCGAACUCUCAUUUUCUAUUUCUGUAUAAAUCAUUCUAAGAACGUAAAUCUUGCUUUUAGACAAAAUAGAUCUGGUUUUAAAUUGCUUAUAUAAAUCCACUAAUAGAAAUAUUUUCCUUUUUUUUACGUAUAUCGAACGUCUUAAAGAUAAGUCUAGCGCUUUUAUCUAUAUGAAUCUCUUCGGAACAGAAAAUCUCAAUUUUAUCCGCGACGCUUUGUGCAAGAAAUACCAUCCUUUUGACGCCAGGCAGUAAGCGACGUCACCGAUCUAAGCUCGAUAAGUAAGGGAGAUGUACAAAAUUCACUAUGAUUGUCUACCAAGCAAACGAGCAAAAAAGAAAAUUAAAGAGCGAAAGAGAGAAAGAGCGACGGAGGGAAAAAGGUACGACAAAAGUAUUUAGAGACGGAGAAAACAAAUUCAACGGCUUAUAAAGCGAGCACACUCUAGGCCGAGAUGAUCGCUAUAAAGUUAUUAAGUAUAAUGAUUGCCUUCCUGCCAUAUUUGGGGUAUGCCAAGUAUAAAAAUUAUAAGGUUUAGGGAUUAGGGACGAGAAACUGUGGCUCGACACGACAGACCGUGUCGAAAUUUCGGUGAGAGUUCGGCGACCACGAGUGUCUGGCAUCGAUGCGAGAUUGCGAGCCUGAAUAUAUGAGUCUGCGUGCGAGCGUGAACGGCGUGUGUGAACGCGAGUACGGACGGUGGGAGCGAAUGUGGCUUGAGAGAAAGAGAGAGAGAAACAAAAACUCGUAUACGUGUUCUUCUUUCGAAAGAUCGUGCUAUUUUUCAAAAUUUUACACACGUCGCGCGAUGAUUCCGCGAAGGGAUCUCGAAUCCUCGACAAUCGAUGAACGAGCCGUGCCGAGAAUCCGUUAAAGUGACGAGGUAUUUUGAUACCGUGCAAAAUUAGAGCGGAAUUAUGCACUAAUAGGAUUUAUUGAAGAUUGUAAUUAAUCGCCUUUGCUAAAUUCAGAACGAUCUGUAGAGUUUUAAGACUUGAUUAACGCCAAGUAUCGCCUUUCGACGGUGUCUAAUACGUAGAUUUCCUCCAUUUGACCACUGUCAUUAAUAAGUAGGCGAUUUUUAUUAUAAUGUCGAGCAAAUUGAACAAAAUUGUGCACGAUUUAUUGGAAUUGAAUUUAUUGGACCCCUGUAAUUGAUCGUCUGCGCUAAAUUCGAUUCAACCAUCUCAGAUUUGAUUAUCGCGAAGUAUUACUUUUGAUGAUGUUAAUAUGAAGAUCCUCGCGUUUUGGAUCAUUUAUAUCUUUGAUCGACUAUAAAAGGAUCGUAAUUUUUCAAAUAGCUUAAUCCUAAACGUAUCUGUCGCGAAAACAGAACUUUCUGGAUAUAUUCUAACAUCGGCACGCUGGUUCGGGAGAGAGAAAGAGGAAGAGUGCGAGAGGAAUGCCAGUAAGAAUGAGAGAAAGAGACUCCUUGUAAGUGUAAAAAGUAAACAAAAAAAAAUUCGAAGUGGCCUUCGGUGAAAGGGAAAGAUCAUCGCUUUUCGCUUUUGCUCGUACGAGGCUUUUGGCGAAACGAGCCAUCCGUGUUAUCCGUUUGUCUGGAAAACUUUACGGUAGAGAGGGUAAAAAAAAUCGCAGGAAGAAAAAAAAUUGAUUCUCGCGCCACGCUCAUGCAGCCAGAAUAUUUUCCGGUGAAGAAGGGAAGGGAAAAGGGGUAAGAGAAGGGGAUCGCGCGAUCGUAGCAUGUAUCUGACUAAGAGACUAAGAGACAAAACAUCAGGCAAGUCGAAAAUAAAGGGGGGAAAAAAGUAACACGUUAUUCUUGAUACAAACUUUUGUGCGAAAACGCGACGGUGUCGCGAGGCGACACAAACGGCGAUUUAUUAUUAGUAUACGCGUUGCGAGACUUCAAUCGACCACGUUUUUCAUUUCGGCGAGAAAUUCGGAAAGCGCGAAUUCUAUUUACCAUUUAGGCAUUAAUGUGUUCAAACGUAAAUUCGCGCGAGAUGUGCGACGGUAAAAAAAAAACUGAGAAGAAAAAUAGGGAACGGGGAGAAAAAGAAGGGUUGCGCGGACGAGGAGCCGAAAUUUAAUAGAGAAGCGCAAGCCGAAUCGCGAAAAAAAUUCAAGUGCAAGAGGAGGAGAGAAAGAACAGCGAGAGAAAGGGAGAGUACACGAGGUCGCGAGAGCGUGGGGAAGAGAGAGAGCGAAUGCGGAAGAGUUUAAAAUUAAAUAUUGUAUAAAAAGAAAAAAAGUAGUAAGUGCCUUCCAAAAAAAAAAAUUAAGUGUCCCGUAGACCGUGACCACUUGACUAAGCGACGAGAAAAGUCAUUCGAAAUUCUGCUGAAUGCAUUACUCGUGUGAUCUUGUUUGUAGAUACGUUGCGCAAGCUUGACAUAUCGCUUUUUUCGAGUUGAUAUUUCAUUUUCUCCGUGGCGCUCGUCGAUAUAGAUGAUAUGAUUUUAUUCUCGAUUAAAACGAACAACAAGUCAAAUGAUAGUUUCGAAAAGGAAACCUUUCUGUAUUCUUUUAUAUUAUUAUUUUGUAUUUAUUUCCUUGAGAGAUUGUUUAAUUUCUAAUUACAAUUGACGCUGUAAACGUGCGGAGCGUCCCAUUUUUCGAACUCGAUAUAAUCCUCAAAUCCAAAUCGAGCCGAAUUCGAUGGUCGAUAUAAAUUUGCAGUGACAGAAUUUUUCAAUGCAAAAUUUUUCGACAGUUCCUGAACUAUUCGCGAAGAGAAAAAUCCCCCUUUCGAGAUUUUCCGUCUAUUUGCAAAAAAAAAAAAAAACGUGGUUGCGCAAUGAGCGAGAUAUUCAGUUAACCGACGAGAACCCUCCUAUAUGUCGAAUGCGCAAUGUAUCUACGAACUCUGUGUGCGUGUCAGAGUGAAUGUCCGAAGCAACAAACUACCCGACAAAAUUUGUGUUUUGGAUCAAUCCACACAGGUAAUACCCUGAAUGGCAUAUUCUCGAAAUGUUUUCCUUUUUCGUUUCCCGGCAAUGCAAAUAAAGUCGACGCAUUUUUAGGUAGGAGGGAGAAAAGAGCAUAGGGGGAGAAAAAAAAUGAAAGCGGAACAGCUGACCGACCGAACGGAGAACGGCUAUUUCGAGAGGACCCUUUCGUUUCCACAUUUUGAUAUAUACAUAUAUGUAUCUGUGAACAGAUGGUGAAAAAAAAAAGAAUAUACCUAUAUUACAUACCUAAGACGUAAGUGAACAAAAAAAAGUAUCUAAUACGCUAUUAUUGAUAUAGAACACAAAGUGAAUAUAUAUAUGAGAAAAAAGUAUAUUAUAUAUAUAUAAAUAUAUAUAUAUAUAUAUAAAAAAUUGAUAUAUUGACGCUGUAGGAUUAUACUGAGGCUGAGUGCGUUUAUUGCGAAAGAGAGAAAGAGCGAGAGAGCGCGAGAACGAGAGAGAGACAUAAAGAUAGAGACCGCGGUUCUUUUUUUCCGAACGUCGUCGAGAACGAAACAAAAGUUCACGGGCAGAGAGUUUUGCGCUAGGCGAACUAAAGAGGCUGAAAGGCUUUAGAAUUGAGAAGAUAAAGUAGCUCGUAGGAUUUUUUUAUCAGGCCGGCACACAAAAAGGACGGGAACGUGCGUG